AUGUGCAGUCAGUCAGUUUUCGUUUGCGGUGCGGUUAACAAUCGAGAUACGGAUCGCGAUCCACUAGAGAGAUAUAUCAGUCAGAAUAUAUAUCUAUCAACGAUCCGUGGGAGCAGCGAGUUCCCAAAACAAAAGUGUCAAGAAAGAACACACAUCGAAAAUUGUGUGCCAAAUAUUGAAAAUAUUUUUGUUUGUAUUUUUGUUCGAGUGCGCCAGCCGACUGUCAAGUGUUCGAUUAAGAAGUGCCAGAGAAUCGCUCAAAAUAUUCUCAAGAAUAUCAGGUAGCAAAAGCAAACACAAAGAGAGGAUCUACUGCAUCCCUCUUGAAGGGUUCGGCAUUCUUCAACCUUCGGCAGAGUAGCAGCAGCCUUCAGAGGAGGCGCGGCAGUUUUUCUUGGGAAAACUGUAUGCAUUUCUAGUGCAGCAGUCAGUGAAGAAGAAAUGGCACUGAACCGCCGCUUGGCGUCCCUCGGCUUAGCCAGCCUCGCACUGUUGCUGUUGCUGAUGCUCUCCACGUCGGCCCAUGUCCUGGCCCAGGCCCAGGCCCAGGCCCAGGCUAAGGCUCUGUCAAGGUCAGUCCUGCCCGCACAGCCGGCGGAUCAUUUGGUGCCGCCUCCACUGCCCACAGCGCAGCGUCUCAGCCAUGCGGCAGGGUACUCGGAGGUGGCCCCAGGCGUGGCUCCUGGUCCCGAGACGCCGGGCUUCAUGACGCGCGUGGCCCGCUGGUUCGGCCUGGGCGGACAAACAGCGCGGGACCAGCAGCUGAGCGCCAGCAGCAACAACAACUACGCCUACCCCAAGCCCGUGCAGAGCUUCGAUGCUGCGGGCAAGCCCUGCAGUCUGUGCAACAAGUAUCCCUGGGUGCCAAUGGUGGGGCAGCAGCAGAAGCCAACCCAUCCACAGCAUCAGAUUCAGCAGCAGCAGCAGCAGCAGCAAUCUUGGCAGGUGCAACAGCAACAGCAACCGCUGGCCCAGGCAUCACAGCAUCGCCAGAGAGCCGUGCAGUUCCGGGGUCCACAGGUGACGCCGGCGGGGCAGAGUGUCUUCCUGCCCAUCACCGUGCCGCUGCCCGCGCUCAGCCAUGUGGCCCUGCCGCCGCUUUACAAUGCACAGCCCUUCCGGCCGCUCGAGAAUGUGGCCGCCCCGUCGGAGGUGCGUGCCAGCACAUUGCCACCGGUGCCAGCAUUCAGGCCAGCGCCCAGUCCCCGUCCCCGUCCCCGUCCCCAUCCGUACAGCCCCAUCACUCCCAGUGGCUCAAGCAGUUCCAGCAGCAACUUUGAGAUUGUCCAGAGCCACCAGCUGACGGACUUUGUGACCUCCGUGGAGUAUCCGGCCACCUUUGUGCCUUCGCAUGCGAUCGAUCUGGGCGGCAGUGCACCCUCCUCACCCACAGAUCAGCAGCAGCAGGAUCGAGAGCAGCUGCAGCAGCAGUAUCAGCUGCAGGAUAUCAGCACGGUGCGCUACCAACUGGAGGAUCUGAGCAGUGGCUCGGUGCACCAGCAUCUGCCCGCCUCGCAGCUACUCACAGAACUGGGCCACUUUGCGGAGACGACAACGCAGCAGCUGCCGCCGGCAGACAACUAUCCGGCGGCGUCCUCCCAGCAGCAGCUGCAGCAGGAACAGGAGCAGGAGCAGCAGCUCUACUACGCUGAGCAGUACCAGACGGAGGAGACCAGCACAGUGGUGGACAGCACCACAGAGCAGCAGCCGACGACAGCAGCACCAACCGCAUCACCGCCAGCCCCUGUGCUGGAGUUGAACAAUCAUCUGGCGGCAGUGCAUCAUCGCGGCGUCUACCAUCAGGCCGGCAGUCGUGGCAGGGAGACGCCCAAGCGGCUGCUCGACUCGCCCAUCAACCAUGCCCUGGGGGCGCGACCUUUUACGCGUGAUCCCGCGGAUCUAAACUUCCGGCUAAGUCAGGUGUACACGCCCACAGCGUCCCCGCCCACACCCACGCCGACCUCGACAUACGGGGCCAUCGAUGCCAGCGGACAGUAUGCGGGAAUGUCGCCGCCCAGCCCCCAGCAGGUGAUCAUUCCCUACACCACCAAGCAGCGGCCACGGCCCUUCGACCGGCCAUGGGUGCACAGCCAGAACCACAACCUGAACCACAACCCGGAGCAGCACGACGACAAUGAUGUGGAGGAGCCGCACGAGCAGCAGGAAUCGAAGCUGGCUGCGGCAACGGUGACGGCACCGCCACCGCCCAACACGCAUCGAACCACGAAGUACCUGACCAAGAUUCUGGCCUCCAAUCUCCGGGAGCUGCUGAAGCGGGAGCGCGAGACGAAGCGCCGGCCCCUGGGGGUGGACAUUUCCCGGCUGCAGCACAACAUCGAUGGCUGGACGGAGCAGGAGUACAACUCGUUGUCGCAUCGCCCCAGCACCCCCACCAUUCGGGGCAGGUCGAAGCACAUUCCCACGGAGUAUCUGACGACCACCACCACCACCACAACCCCGGCCCCGGCCCCGGCUACGGCUCCAGCUGGAGCGCAGCAGCUGACGCGCCAAUCGAAGACGACACGCGGCGGAGGCUUCGAGCUGGGUGGCGCCGCUGCCUCGCCCACCAAUGCCGGAGACCUGUCCACCUCCAUCAACAAUCUGGAGCAGCUGCAGCUGCUGGGGGAGCGGGGCUUGAAGCGCUUCCAGCCCCUGGAGGACAAUCGCCUGCAUCUGGACUACUACGAGGCGCAGCAGCGACCACGACCACGACCACGACCCCAAGCCAUGACCACACCCCUGCCGAGCACCAGCAGCAGCAGCAGCAGCAGCAUCACCACCACCACCGGCAGAACGACGACGACAAGGCCGACGAUGCUGCCCAGCGAGGAGGUGUUCACACCGCUGUAUGUGAGGAGCACACAGGCGCCCACAGAGCUGUGGAAGCAGGCCAAGGUGGCCAUUCUGCCGCAGACAAACGAGAAGGUCUAUGUGGUGACGCCACAGCCCCGGCAUCAGGCCUACUAUGCGUCUGAGGUGUCCGCCUCGGCAUCGGCGCCACGUCCUGUGUACCACCAGACGCCAGCGCCUGCCGGGCCCAGAUUCCCCAGAGUGCGCCCAACGCCGGGAAAAGCUGGCGAACCAAAGGCAGCCACGCCCACCAUCAGCUCCUCACAGCUGCACAACUACACGCCGGAUAUCUUUGGGCUGAUGGGUCUGUCCGCGUAUGUGCCCGCAGAUCCUGUGGAGAUAAUCGACGGCAACUCCAAAGUCAUCACGAUUGUGACAGCAGCGCCAACGGCGGCCGCCCUGCAGAGGCCCACAGCAAGGCCAACGAUGUCGCCCUCCCCGAGAUAGAGAUCGUGCCCAAAGGCCCCAAAAGCGAUCGUGGAUGAUCAGCCGCCACAUCUAUUGUAAUAUAUUUCCACACACCAAUAACAACAACAACAACAACAAAAACACCCCUCAUGCAAUGGACAAAGGAUGAGUCCGCCGCCCACAUCAAACUUAGAUUUAGAGCAAAGUAUUUGAUAAGAGAUGCCCCAUCCAUGUUAGAGUAUUUUUGCAUUUGGUAGCUUUAUAAACGCAUAGAUAAAGAGUAGAAAGGAUCCAAGGAAGUGCAAGCAGUGCAAAGAACUUGAGUGAGCAGCAUCGAUGUAUUGCUAGAGAUGAAUGUUUCCCCAUAGAAAAGAUUUACUCCGCUAAUGUUUUUUUUUUUUUCUUUUGCUUGCGUGUUAUCUGUGGGCCUUCCUCCCUUUUGCUAGUAGCUCUAAUUCGUUGUAUAAAUAUUAUUAAAUAUCGAUGUCUAUACAUGUAAAUGGAAGCUAUCAACAAUGCUGAUGUAGAUAACCAUUUCAAAUGCAAUUCUCCAACAUGCAACAGAAAUAUAUGAAAAUAAAAAAACGAAAACAAAAACAAAUAAAUAAACAAAUGAUAAGCAAAG